GCGGGGAGAGCGGCCCGCGCGCGCCGCAGCCGGGGGUCCGGGCUGCAGGGACGGCGGACGCGCCAUGGGGGCCUCGGAUUCACGAUGAGGACCUAGGGCAUCUGCCUACUGACUGUCCCUCUGGCCUGCAGUGACCAUGGCCCCCCGCAAGAGGAGCCGCCAUGGCCUGGGUUUCCUGUGCUGCUUUGGGGGCAGCGACCUCCCCGAGAUCAACCUCCGGGACAGCCACCCUCUGCAGUACAUGGAGUUCUCCAGUCCUAUCCCAAACCCAGAGGAGCUUAAUGUCCGCUUCGCAGAGCUGGUGGAUGAAUUGGAUCUCACCGACAAAAACCGGGAGGCUGUGUUUGCACUGCCCCCUGAGAAGAAAUGGCAGAUCUACUGCAGCAAGAAGAAGGAGCAGGAGGACCCCAACAAGCUGGCGACCAGCUGGCCUGACUAUUACAUUGACCGCAUCAACUCCAUGGCUGCGAUGCAGAGUCUGUACGCAUUUGACGAGGAGGAGACGGAGAUGCGGAACCAAAUCGUAGAAGACCUGAAGACAGCUCUUCGGACGCAGCCCAUGAGGUUUGUGACUCGCUUCAUUGAGCUGGAGGGCUUGACCUGUCUGCUGAAUUUCCUCCGGAGCAUGGACCACGCCACCUGUGAGAGCCGCAUCCACACCUCCCUCAUCGGCUGCAUCAAGGCUCUGAUGAACAACUCCCAGGGGCGGGCGCACGUGCUGGCACAGCCUGAGGCCAUCAGCACCAUCGCGCAGAGCCUGCGAACUGAAAACAGCAAGACCAAGGUGGCCGUGCUGGAGAUCCUGGGCGCCGUGUGCCUCGUGCCUGGCGGCCACAAGAAGGUGCUGCAGGCCAUGCUACACUACCAGGUGUAUGCGGCCGAGAGGACGCGCUUCCAGACACUGCUGAAUGAGCUAGACCGAAGUCUGGGCCGAUACCGGGAUGAAGUGAACCUGAAAACGGCCAUCAUGUCCUUUAUCAACGCGGUCCUCAACGCCGGAGCUGGGGAGGAUAAUCUGGAGUUCCGCCUACAUCUACGGUACGAGUUCCUGAUGCUAGGGAUACAGCCUGUGAUUGACAAACUCCGGCAGCACGAGAAUGCCAUCCUGGACAAGCAUUUAGACUUCUUCGAGAUGGUCCGGAAUGAGGAUGACCUGGAGCUAGCCAGGAGGUUUGACAUGGUCCACAUUGACACCAAGAGUGCUUCCCAGAUGUUUGAGCUGAUCCACAAGAAACUGAAGCACACGGAGGCCUACCCCUGCCUGCUGUCUGUCCUGCACCACUGCCUGCAGAUGCCCUACAAGCGGAAUGGUGGCUACUUCCAGCAGUGGCAGCUCCUGGACCGCAUCCUCCAGCAGAUUGUCCUCCAGGAUGAGAGGGGUGUGGACCCUGACCUGGCUCCCUUGGAGAACUUCAACGUCAAGAACAUUGUCAACAUGCUCAUCAAUGAGAAUGAAGUGAAACAGUGGCGAGACCAGGCAGAGAAGUUCCGGAAAGAACAUACAGAACUGGUGAGCAGGCUGGAGAGGAAAGAGCGAGAAUGUGAGACAAAGACAUUGGAGAAGGAAGAGAUGAUGCGGACGCUGAACAAGAUGAAGGACAAGCUGGCCCGCGAGUCCCAGGAGCUGCGCCAGGCUCGGGGACAAGUGGCAGAGCUGGUCGCCCAACUCAGUGAAAUCUCAACAGGACCUGUAUCUUCCCCACCUCCCCCUGGGGGCCCGCUUACCUUGUCUUCCUCGAUGACAACCAACGACCUGCCUCCACCCCCACCCCCUCUACCAUUUGCCUGCUGCCCCCCACCGCCACCACCACCCCUUCCACCUGGGGGGCCUCCCACUCCCCCUGGUGCCCCACCUUGCUUCAGCAUGGGCCUGCCUCUCCCUCCAGACCCCUUCCCCAGCAGUGAUAUCCCACUCAGGAAGAAGUGUGUCCCCCAGCCUUCCCACCCACUGAAGUCCUUCAACUGGGUCAAGCUGAAUGAGGAACGUGUCCCUGGCACCGUAUGGAAUGAGAUUGAUGACAUGCAGGUGUUUCGGAUCCUGGACCUAGAGGACUUUGAAAAAAUGUUUUCAGCCUAUCAGAGGCACCAGGAGCUGAUAACUAAUCCUUCUCAGCAGAAGGAGUUGGGCUCCACCGAGGACAUCUACUUGGCCUCCCGCAAGGUCAAAGAGCUGUCGGUCAUUGAUGGCCGGAGGGCUCAGAACUGCAUCAUCCUUCUCUCCAAGUUGAAGCUUUCUAAUGAGGAGAUCCGGCAGGCCAUCUUGAAGAUGGAUGAGCAGGAGGACCUCGCCAAGGACAUGCUGGAGCAGCUCCUCAAGUUCAUCCCGGAGAAGAGCGACAUUGACCUCCUCGAGGAGCACAAGCAUGAGAUCGAGCGGAUGGCCCGUGCUGACCGCUUCCUCUAUGACAUGAGCAGGAUUGACCACUACCAGCAGCGACUGCAGGCCCUCUUCUUCAAGAAGAAGUUCCAGGAGCGGCUAGCUGAGGCCAAGCCCAAAGUAGAAGCCAUCCUGCUGGCCUCCCGGGAGCUGAUCCGCAGCAGGCGUCUAAUGCAGAUGCUAGAGAUUGUCCUGGCCAUCGGCAACUUCAUGAACAAGGGGCAGCGUGGGGGCGCCUACGGGUUCCGGGUGGCCAGCCUCAACAAGAUCGCCGACACCAAGUCCAGCAUUGACAGAAAUAUCUCUCUGCUCCAUUACCUGAUCAUGAUCCUGGAGAAGCAUUUCCCCGACAUCCUGAACAUGCCCUCAGAGCUGCAGCAUCUCCCAGAAGCCGCCAAAGUGAACCUGGCAGAGCUGGAGAAGGAAGUGGGCAACCUCAGGAGGGGCCUCAGAGCGGUUGAGGUGGAGCUGGAAUAUCAGAAACGCCAGGUGCGGGAACCGAAUGACAAGUUUGUCCCCGUCAUGAGUGACUUCAUCACAGUCUCCAGCUUUAGCUUCUCAGAGCUGGAGGACCAGCUCAGUGAGGCCAGGGACAAGUUCUCCAAGGCCCUCAUGCACUUUGGGGAGCACGACAGCAAGAUGCAGCCAGACGAAUUCUUUGGCAUUUUUGACACCUUCCUGCAGGCCUUCUCGGAGGCCCGGCAGGACCUGGAGGCCAUGAGGAGGAAGAAGGAGGAGGAGGAGCGGAGGGCGCGCAUGGAGGCCAUGCUGAAGGAGCAGAGGGAGCGGGAGCGGUGGCAGCGGCAGCGGAAGGUCCACGCGGGCAGCGCGCUCGAGGAGGGAGGCGAGUUCGACGACCUGGUGUCGGCCCUGCGCUCAGGAGAGGUUUUUGACAAGGACUUAUGCAAGCUGAAGCGCAGUCGCAAGCGAUCGGGGAGCCAGGCCCCGGAGGUCACCCGGGAGCGGGCAAUCAACAGGUUGAAUCAUUGACCUGGGGCCUGGCCACAGCAGGAGGCGGGGAGACAGGGAUGGACAGAGAGGUGCUGAGUGGAGGAGACCAUAAUGCUUAAACAACUCGGUGCUCGGUUCAGGGCCCUGGGGUGGGAGCUGUGUGUGGCAGGACCAGGUCUCCCCACACUUACCUGAAGGAGCUCCUCUCCCUUCCUCUUCCCGUUGUUCUUUCUGUAUCCUGGCCCCUAGGGGUCACUCUGAGGCUGACUUGGACAUCCUUGGCCAGCCCAGCUGAAGGAGCCCUGCUCCCUGUCCCCAAGCAUGGGCACCCACGUUGGCACAGAACUUUCCAGAUCUAGACUGGACUGGUCCACCGACCUUGUCCAGAUUUCAUGUGCACUGGGAGUAACAGUGGGGUGGGCGCCCUGACAGCCAGGGUGAGAAUCCAGGCUCCCAUCCCUCAAGAGGCGGCUUCAUGGAACAUUGAUCUGGGGGUGAAUUUUCCUCUUGGAUGGAGAAGGAAGAGGCAUUAUAUAUUCUAGCUAGGAAUGUUCCAGAAAAACAAAAACAAAUGCUGGGAGGAUGAUGCAGGGACCAAGUCAUCAGGACAGAGUAGCAGUGCCCAUUUCCUUCAUCACAAGUCCUAUGGCCCCUCAGUUUUGCAUGUCCUAAGUCUCUCUCCCUUUCUUUCCUACUGCCACCUCCAUCCUAUCUACUAAUCUAGAAUCCCAGAAAACUCACCUUUGGGUUCCCACGACUAUGGCUCACUAUCCAGGUACUUGAUGAAUCUGGUAAGGGAAGGAGUUCAAGAAAAACCCCCACUCAUCACACCUUGUGCCUUGGGCAUAGGGACCCUGGAACAAAACUCUCCCCACCUCCCUUGUAGAGCCAGACCAUUGUCUUGAAGUGAGACAGUGACCUCACAUGUUGCCUAGGAGUUCCC